AUGUUUGCGUCGGUUAAGGCUUUCGAGGAGCAGCAGUACUCCACCCUCAAGAGGCAGUGCCUGCAGAGUGGUCUGCUCUUCGAAGACCCCCGCUUCCCCGCCGUCGACGACUCGCUCUUCUACCAGGGCAACAGGAUCGGACGCGUAGUGUGGAAGAGGCCGCGGGAGCUGUGCGAAGACCCUCACCUGUUCGUAGACGGCAUCAGCGCACAUGACCUCCACCAGGGGCAGCUGGGGAACUGCUGGUUUGUGGCGGCCUGCUCCAGUCUGGCUUCCAGAGAGUCAUUAUGGCAAAAAGUGAUUCCUGACUGGAAAGAGCAGGAGUGGGACACGGAGAAGCCCGAUUCGUACACCGGCAUCUUCCAUUUCCGCUUCUGGCGCUUUGGCGAGUGGGUGGACGUGGUGAUCGACGACCGGCUGCCCACUGUGGACAACCAGCUGGUCUACUGCCACUCCAACGACAGCAACGAGUUCUGGAGCGCGCUGGUGGAGAAGGCCUACGCCAAGGUUUAUGGCUGCUACGAAGCUUUGGACGGCGGCAACACGGCAGAUGCGUUGGUGGAUUUCACGGGAGGGGUGUCGGAGCCAGUGGACCUGCUGGAGUGUCAGAUGGCAACGGAUGAGGCAGCCCGUAACCAGCUGUUUGAACGAGUCCUCAAAGUGCACAACCGAGACGGCCUUAUCAGCUGCUCCAUUCGGGCAACCACAGUGGAGGAUAUGGAGGCGCGCCUGGACUGCGGCCUGGUGAAAGGCCACGCUUACGCCGUGACCGACGUCCGCAAAGUGCGGCUGGGUCACGGGCUGCUGGCGUAUUUCAAGUCGGAAAAGUUGCACAUGAUCCGCAUGAGAAACCCAUGGGGAGAGAAAGAGUGGAGCGGCCCUUGGAGCGAUAGUUCGGAGGAGUGGAACAAGGUGAGCAAGAGCGAGAGGGAGAAGCUCGGUGUCACCGUGCAGGACGACGGCGAGUUCUGGAUGACGUUUGACGACUUCUGCCAGUACUUUACCGACCUGAUCCUGUGUCGCCUCAUCAACACGUCUUACCUGAGCAUUCACAAGACAUGGGAGGAGGAGGUGAUGCGGGGCUCCUGGAUCCACCGCCAGGACCCCUUGCGCAACCGUUCGGGCGGCUGCAUCAAUCACAAGGCCACUUUCCUCCAGAACCCACAGUACGUGUUUGACGUAAAAAAGGUGGAGGACGAGGUGCUAAUCUGCUUGCAGCAGAAGGAGAAGAGAGCCACACCCAAAGAAGGAAAAGGGGAGAAUCUUGCCAUAGGCUUCGAUAUCCACCAGGUGGAGCUGAACCGCAAAUACCGCAUGCACUCAGCCCAGCAAAAAGUUGCGGGCUCCAUCUACAUCAACUCGCGAUGCGUCUUCCUUAGGAAGGAGCUGAAGGAGGGCCGCUAUGUCAUUAUCCCGACCACCUUUGACCCGGGCCAGCAGGGAGACUUCCUGCUCCGCGUCUUCACCGACGUGCCUUCGGACUGCAAAGAGCUGAACCUGGACGAGCCCCCUCAGACUUGUUGGACGGGCAUGUGCGGCUACCCUCAGCUGGUCACCCAGGUCCACGUUCUCAACGCCGAGGGUCUGCAGGGACAGGACUCCAAUGGAGCGGUUGACCCGUACGUAAUCAUCACCUGCGAAGGCGAGAGAGUCCGCUCGCCUGUUCAGAAAGACACCCGGUGCCCCAACUUUGACAUCAAGGGUCUGUUUUACCGCAAGAAGCCAAAAGAAGGAGUCCACAUCGAGAUCUACAACAAGAACAUGAUCGUGGACACCUUCCUUGGUCAAGUGGUGAUGUUCAGUGACCCCAACGAGCGUCAGGAGCAGCACACGCUUCACCUCCGCGAUAAGGGCAGUCGCCAGGACAGCGACCUGCCCGGCACGCUCACUGUCCGCCUCAUCACUUCCACCACGCUCACUAACAUCUGA